AGUGGAAGAUGUGUGGUUUGUGCAUCUGGUCCUCUGUGUUGUUCAGUGACUGUGCACUGAAAGGAAUCUCCAGUUCAGUGUUCGUCACAGUGACACGGACACAGUGAAGGGGGAGUGGUUUAAAACUCACAGUUAGCUAAUGAGAGGGGCCAUAGGCAGCUCAAACAAGUGGUUGGGGGCAUGAUGAAAGGCAAACACAUGCAGUCUGGCACCAGUGACCCAAGGGAAUGACACACUACUUCUAAUUCCUGAAUGCUUUUUGUUCUCCUUCAACUGGCAGAUAAUAAAAGGAAUCUGCAGACCCUCAAGAAAACUGUUAACACUUGGAUGUUGUUGGGAAAAGAAGUCCAGUCACUGAGAGAAGAUUAAGGAACACCUGAAAAUACAAGGAGUUAUAACUGUACUAACUUUAUUUUUUAGCUAAAAAGCUCAACUAUGAAGAUGCUGAAUGUGAACUUACUGGUUUUAAGUUUCUGUCUUGGUCUGGAGACAGGAUACAGUAUUGAUGGUAAGAGACAAUUUCAGAUCCAGAACGGGCCAUGUAGCUACACCUUUCUGCUGCCUGAGCAGGAAAACUGCCAAACGCAGAGCAGCAGCUAUUAUUCAUUUCAAAAAGAUGGACCCAUGGACGAGUCGGCUCAGAGGCUGGAACAACUGGAACUCAUCAUGGAGAACAACACACAGUGGCUGCUUAAGUUAGAGAACUACAUACAGGAAAGCAUGAAGCAGGACAUGGUCCAAAUCCAACAGACUGCUGUACACAACCACACUGCUACAAUGAUUGAAAUCGGAACAAACCUGCUGAGUCAAACCGCUGAGCAAACAAGGAAACUGACCAAUGUCGAGGCACAGGUAAUUCAUCAUACAACUCGACUUGAACGCCAGCUUCUUGAAAACUCCUUGUCAACCAACAAAUUGGAAAAACAACUAAUUGUCCAAACUAAUGAAAUCAGCAAGCUGAAUGACAAGAACAGCUUCCUGGAGAAAAAGGUGGAGGAGAUGGAGGAACAAAGGCAGGUGGAGCUUAAGAUGCUUCAAGAAGAAAAGGAGCAGCUCCAGACUCUAAUACUAAGGCAAACUGCCAUCAUAGGUGAGCUGGAGCAGCAGCUGCUUAAAGUCUCCUCUAACAACACUGUCCUGCAACAUCAGCAGCAGGAGCUGCUGGACACUGUGAACAACCUCAUUCACGCCAUCUCUGCCAGCUCAGCUCAGGAGACCAAAACUGUCAUGAUGCAGGACACUCCUACCACAUUCGUUGACUGUGCUGCUGUCUACAAGUCAGGACACACCCAAAGUGGAGUCUACACGCUCACAUUACCCAACACUACAACAGAGGUUAAGGCUUUCUGUGACAUGGAGACAGAAGGAGGUGGCUGGACAGUUCUGCAAAAACGCUUCGACGGACAUGUGGACUUUCAUCGUACGUGGCAAGAGUACAAAAAGGGGUUUGGAGAACCUUCAGGUGAAUUCUGGUUAGGAAAUGAAUUUGUCUCCAGACUGACAAAUCAACAAUCCUACAAACUAAGGAUCCAGCUGAGUGACUGGGAAGGAAACUCUGGAUUCUCACAAUAUGAGCAGUUUUCUCUUGAUAGUGAAGCACAAAAUUACAGGAUACACCUUAAAGGCUACAGUGGAACAGCAGGCAAAAUAACCAGCAUCGGGGAGCCAGGAAGUGAUUUCAGUACAAAGGAUGCAGACAAUGAUAAAUGUGUUUGCAAAUGUUCACAACUGACAACAGGAGGUUGGUGGUUUGAUGCCUGUGGUCCCUCCAAUCUGAAUGGGAUGUAUUACCAACAAGGCCAAAACUCAAAUCGCUUCAACGGAAUCAAAUGGUACUACUGGAAAGGCUCAGGCUACUCGCUGAAGUCCACUACAAUGAUGAUUAGACCAAAGGACUUGUCAGGUCCCUUAUGAAUCACUCUGAUUAAACAAAGCAGAGGGAAAACUCUGCUUGACAAACAGCAACAAACAACAAAACCAAAAAUAAAAAUGCUCAACAAAGCCAAAGCACAUGAAAAUAUGUUUACGUAGCUGUGGACAGAUAUAUUUUGUGCAUGUUUAUAUGUUUAUGGAUUGUUGCAAGAAAUGUUUAAUUAUGGACUGAUAAAAAACAUGGAGUAAUGCCUAUACUGAAAAUACUUAUGGCCAUGUUAUGUGUAGAUAACUAAAGGUAUAAUUACAGCUCGCUAACUAGACAGAAGAUGUCAGAGUGAAUUGUGACAAUGUCUUGAAUGACUUUAAUAUAGUUUAGCCACCCAUUUAACUACGUUUUAAAUAUUACUUGCCUCUACCAAAAACAAAAAAAGACAUUAUGGUACAACAUGCAUAAAAGGGCUCAAAAUGAUUGGUAAAUUUUCAAAAAAUGUUCUGUUCAAUGACUAUAGUGUAAAUGCAAAUGUAAAAUGCCACAGAGAAUGUAUGUACAUUUGUUGUUUUAUUUAUAUGUAUAUUUUAAGAUUGAUAUUUAACAUUAUUAGAGAUAUUAUGGAGUGUUUGUGCCCUUUCAUUUCUGGAUAGUUAAUUUCAGUGCAUGUAAACUAAGAGGAAAUCUUUAAAUAUAAUUUUGCAGUACCUUCUUGCAUGUUCAUGCAUUUCAGUGAUCUUUUCACAAUUUUUGGGAAUGUGUUUAUUUCCUAGGUAAUGUUUAAGCUCCAACAAGCAGAAUUUAUGAACUGUUACAUGGGGAAACAGACUUUCUCACCAGUAAACACAGACUUUAAGUUUUGUUACUGUAGUACUGUAAUGCACUACCAGUUCUAAUGUACCUGAAAUUAAAUAUUAAACGCAUCCACAAGGCAGG